GUUCUCACGUGCCCUGUGACUUGUUUCAAAGGAGGACUUGUAAUCUCAAGUAAUCUUGAGAAAUCUAGUGAGAAACUCCAAUCAACUUUGGAAAAUCUCAAAACUUUGUAGUGAGAUCCAGGAGUUGUUGGUUUCAGAUGUACAUGAUUUGAAAUCACUACAGCAGAUAAAAGAACAUUGCUGAUAGUCGCUGGUUUCCCCUCCAAUAAGAACCCCCAUACAUGCACUCCCUCAGAGCAGCCGACAUGAUGAAGACACCUGCACACAAAAACUGGCUGACCGCUUUUGAGAAAAUCUUGAGGAGAAAUGCCAAGUUCCUCCGAGAAAUCUCCAAAGGAGCAGCAUGGAGAUUGGAAGAUGAUGAAACCAGAAAUCCACCGCCCUCCCCCUCCAUUGAAGACACGCCCUUUGCACGUGCCACAUCACAACCUUACUAUGCAGUACCGCCUAAAUUCAAUGAUGAUGAGAAGUCCAGCAGGAGCAAUGGAGGAAGCGGGUUGGUCAAGCUGGCUCGACGACUCAGUCAGAAGGGAGACAGGAGGGAGAAUAAAGGUGAUAAGCCUCCAUGCCGACAACGCUCCAUCAGUGUGGACAGUAAAAGUGAGGAGGACGACCCCAUUAGUUUGGACCACUGGCUGUGGCCCAUUCUCAUGCCAGAGGGCGAUGAUGACACUGUCAUAAAGCCUGUCGGUGAUGUCAGGAAAGCCCACAGCAUGGAGAAUCUUCUUCAGCAGACCAGCGACUACAGCAAGGCCUCUUCCAUCCCACCCUCCCCAACCGCCCCACAGAAGCUCCAUCGAAGCUGGUCUGCCAAGAAACGCAGUGGUAGCAACACUGAGGUAGAUGGAGGGGUCGGUGGAGGGAAAGACAGGACCAAGAGAUAUUCCAAACAGAUGACGGACAGCCAAGCAUUGUUCGAUGCAGUGGAGCACCAGGAUUUGGAUACAGCCAGACUGAUCUUAGAAACUAACGGACUGGAUGUCAAUCAAGUCAACGAGGAUGAAUUCACAGCGCUGGACAUUGCUGUAAUGACCAAUAACAUGCCCAUGGCCAGGCUUCUACUAACAUGUGGAGCCAGAGAGAACCCAAGAUUUCUUAUGAAAGAUGCACGUGCCAGCAAACUCAACACGCUGAUCAACGAGGCAGAAAUACAGGUGCAGGAGAUGACAUCUCGCAUUGUCAAUACUGGACUGAACAGUGCAACAGGGCCAACUGGUUCCUCUAAGGAUUUGGAGAAACAUUUGCGUGAUUGGGAGUGGAGGUUCCGACUGCUGAAGAGAAUGAAGGCUGGCUUUGAACAUGCGAGAGUACCUGACCAUCCUGCUUGUGUCAUGCUAAGCACGGCCAGUAGCACUUCGCUCCAGGUUCGAUUUGAAGAACCUCUCAAUGCUAACGGUGCUGCUGUCACCAGAUAUAAAAUUGAGUGGAGUUGUUCGGAGGAUUUGUGCCCUCUUGCCGGGGAGCACAUUCUGUAUGAUGUGCGGUAUCCAUCUUACAGAAUACAUGGGCUCAGACAGGGCGUUAAGUACUACGUUAGAGUAUCCGCUUUCAACAUGAAGGGUUUUGGGCCAUCACAAACACCCACCCCACCUUUUGCAAUACCAUCAAGCUGGAGGGACAUGCAUGGCAAUAAGUCGCGUUUCAGCGGUCGUCUCAACAUGAUUGACGAUUUGUUCCAGCAGGUCCGAGACACCAGACCCACCGACUCGGGUGAAAUCAAAAGAAGUUCACCUCGAGCAUCUCCAAACCAGGUGCGACGGACAGUGAAAAAAAGCCUCAAGAAUUUCUUCCAGUCAGCUCCAAAGUUUCAGAAACAUUUAAAAAGAGGAGUGUAUCUUGCCUCGGUGAUGUACAAUGAUGAUAAGGUGCUGGUAACCAACGAGGAUCAGCUUCCUAUUGUAGAAGUGGAUGAGACAUUCUCCAGCAGUAUCCAUCAAGACUUCCUAUGGUUCCUGAAGGUUGCAGGGACCUGGGAGGAUGUUGACCUCUUACGAUCAGACUUAGAGAGGACCAGUGGUUCCUCCCCGGCUAUUCUCUUCCGUGCUCGCUUGCUCCAGGCUGCCUCUCUCCUCCAGUCUGCCUUGGGCACCCAGGACCUCGGCCAGGUCUUCUAUGAGCCUAUGCGAGACAAGCAUGGUAUCAUCAUCAUAACCAUCAUCAACCAAAUCAGGGACCAACGGGUAAUUCAGACGACAUCAUCUCUUAAAUGGACCAACAUAAAUCGCAUACAGAAACGGAAGUCAAUCAACAUGGACAACCCUUCAGCUGCCGAGAUGCUGCUAGCCUCAUUACAUGAGAAGAUCUUAUACCAUCAAGUGAGCGGCAUCAAACUGACCAAGGGUCUGUAUAUAGGCUUCCUGAAGCUGAGGAGCUCGGUGGAUACGAUACGGGUUCAGGUGCCAGAGAAGCUGCCUAGUGUGUUACCUCACAUCAAGCUGAGAGACAAUCCCAAUGUAUCACAGGAAGAGUGGGAGUGGCUUCAUACACUGGAUAAUUGCCAGUCCAAGAGAAAUCCCACCAAGAUCCAGGAGGAAUUUCAGCAUCUCUUGGCAGCGGGGACAAGAAAACUGUUGGUCAAGAUGGGAGUAACGGAGGAGGAAUCACUGACCUAUAGACUGUGUGACCUGGAGGUCAUCGAGAUGAAUGAGCAGGUGUCUGUGGUGCUACUGUUCCCUCCAUCGGGUAGUGUGUGUCUGGGCCCUGGCACAUCAGAUGAGUGGAUGGUCAGUAAAGACUAUAUAUCCAUCCCGGUACCUGUCUUUGAAAUGGUUCACAUGACGACGUACCAGGCUGAGUUCAUCCGUCGUUUCACCCGUCUGUCUUCCAUCCUUGAGAUCGACUCACUCAUCGCUCAGCAGACUCUGAGAGAAGCCUUCUCAUCCAAUGAGGUCAAUGAUGCUAAGCAGAGACAGCAGCAAGUGCUGGACUACCAACAGGAACUAGAGACAACAUGGAAAGGGAUGCGAUGGAUCAUGGAUGUGCUGCAGUAUGCACGAGACAAGCAGCUCAGAGGCGGCGUGCCCCUCUCGGUCCUCUAUGCACCCCCGCCAUCACCAGUAGACUCUCCCAUGGAUGUCAUCAAUGACAUGGAGACCAUAUUUGAUGACAGGUGCAGCCUUCAGAUCCCUGACAAUGCCCAGACUCAGCCCAUACAAUCCCUGAACCUCAGUAAGGACAGCAAACCAUCCACUGGUAUCCUGAGAGUCUUCCCUGAUUAUAACUCUGGUCUCGCUAAAGGAACCAGUAUAAAGUUGCAUGUCACGAGUAAGACAACAUGUCGUGAGAUUGUCAACCUUGUCAUUCAGCAGCUAAACAAGGCAGUGGAGUCCCACGGUCUGGACUCGCCGCUCUAUCUUGAGGAUCAAUGGAGUGAAUUCUGCCUGGUAGCCAUCAUUAGUAAUAAGGAGUACCAGCUGAGGGACGACCACUGUCCAUUACAGCUGCAGAACCCUUGGACCAAAGGCCACCUCUAUGUGCGAACCAAAGACAACGGUAGUAAUUUAUUGAGCACUGGACCGUCCACAGCGGUAUAAACUCAGGCUAGACUUAAAAGAACAGAGACUGGAGUAACCUGGCAGACAAAAAAGGGGCUAAUUUCAUGGAUCUGCUUAACAGUUAGCAGGAAAGUUGUCCUAAUUAUAGCCCCCCAAAAUGGGCUGAAGUUUAGCAGUUUUGUACAGCAUGGGGAACAUCUCUGACACUUAAAUUUUAAAACUGCCGCUAUCACUGCCAGGUUCAUUAGGGAUACAGUUUUGAAAUACCUUCACAUCUGCCAAGUCUGCUCAGUAUGUAAAAAGCUGUGAAGUAAAUUCAAGUGAUGUUUUCACACAAAAGAAAAAUAAUCAGUGAAAUUACAGCCACACAUGGCAUCUACUUUGAUAAUAUAUUAUAAGAAAUGGAGAUUGUGUGGUGUUAAAUCAAGCCUUCCUUGAUAUACUAUAGAUAGAAAUCUUUAUAAGGUUUAGAGUGUGCAAUAUUUACCAGAAUAUACCUGCCCACUUAACGUUACCAUUUUUAUCAAGAGAAAGAUGUUUUUUUAUUGUACAGCUUUCAUAGUUGAAAUAAUUCUCUUUUCCCAUAUCUUGAUUGGGACUUGCUUCCUUGACUUAAUAGAUCAUGUGAUCCAAUCUGAAGUCUCUAGAUGACCUUGUUUCUGAAGUUUUCUACAGUUUCUUGAAAUAUAUUGUCAGUUCAUUCUAUAUAGCCAAAAUAUGGUACCUUAGGGAGACAUUAAUAUUCCCAUGCAAAAAUAAAAGUCUUCUUAAAAGUUGUCUUGUAAAUAACUCUAUUUGUAAAUACUUCCUCCCCAAACCUUAUAAUUAUACUAUUCUUGACCUAAGGAAUCAUUUUAGGCAACUUGCGAUGGCGAAAUUGGUUCUAGAAAUGGUAGUUAAAUCAUGUCUCCCUAAUGACCAAUGUCGACCGUUUUGUAAACUAAUUUACUUGAGAGUGUGUCCCUGAGGUACCAUUGGUUGUUGUUUCAGGAAGGAAGUUGACAGUCAUCCUGUGCUAGCUUUAGCUUUACCUGUUUAUAAAGCACAUGUUCCGAGACCAAAGUGGUCGGGACAAAUGCUCAAAAAGGCAAGAAAUCCAGGUGCUGGAAAUAGAAGCCUUUUCGUCUAUUGGGAAACUUUUUGGGGUCGGUGUACUUUUCAUUUAAAAUAAUUACAUGUAAGUGUGCUUGAUAGGUAACAUGGUACUGUAUGCAUAUAUAUAGUUUUUGCUAAUCGGGUUGACCAUAAGAACUGAUACAUAUUGUUACUGGUUCAUUUCAAGAUGAAUCUGUGUGCCAAUAGUACAACCCCAGUGAUCAAAUUACAUAACCUUUACUUUAUGAAAAAUGGGACUCGAGACGGACUGGGGUCUGAGUCACGAGUCAUACAACUCUGAUUAUAACACAUGAUUUUGCCUCAGGAAAAUGGAACUCUGGAACAUAUCACCGGGGGAAGCUAGUUUUAAUUAACCACUUAAAGCAGUCAAUAAUUGCAUUCUAAUAUUAGGUAUAUAUUGAUUACCUGAACAAACACCCAGUGUUUAAUUUGCUUAUGGGCCCAAGCGAGAAGCAAAGUGCAAUAGUGCAAUAGUGCUAGCUAUUUAUGCUUUAACCACCUGUGGGUGACAUAUUAUAGAUUUACUUAAAGUAGAGCUUUGUCUAGAUUAAUUGGAUAUGGCUGGCAAGAACCAAAUGCCUUUGGAAAAGCGCACAUGUUAUUGGCAGCCAUAUGCAGCGCAACAAAAUUGGUCACAAACCUUUUUGAGGUCCAAAUCUGUAAUGCACUCUUAGUCCAUACAAGGUACAACUUUAGUCCUUUUUUGUACUGAGGUACUAAGUAGCUUCCUCAGAUGUGUCACAAAAUGAAAUAAAUAUUCAUGUUUAACUUAUAUCUUUAUUUAAAGUAGUCACCGUGCAGUAACAACCAAAAAUCGCCAGUCAAAAAUGUACUUCAGUUCAAAUGCUCGGCUUCAUUUCCAAGAUACUUUAUGCUGCCAUAGACUGGUAUGAAUUUAAAAUCAAACUGUGUGUGCUUAUAUUUGCAGUCAUACUACUUCCAUGGUGAAACAAUUAUUUAUUUAUUUGAUCAAUUUCGAUCUCGAUUUGUUCUCCCUUAAUUUGUGUCUGUCAUGUUGGUGAAUCUUUGAGUAUAAAGAAACAGAGAGAAAAGUCCCUUCUUAUUUAUUUGUUUAAUUUAUUUUGAAUCAUCCAAAAAAAAUAUACAUAAUCCUGUUUGUAUUAUUAUCGAUAGAUUAUUUCAGGGUCAUGUUCCCAACAAUCGAUUCAUUGACCGGAAGUACAUAGCAAUCGUUAACAUCCCUCAGUAAACAGUGCAAUGACACUAACAUUUAAGUAACCUUGGUGAAAGAUUUUUUGUCAGGCAAUGCCCAGGUUUUCCAGCAACCAUUGUAAUUUUUUUAAGGGAUCGUGUAGUGGAAAUUAGUGCACUUUGUUGAUAUGUUGUUGCCAAAGUUUGCUAAGGAAUCUUAUCAGGUUCUGUAAAGAAUGUUAAUAAAAAAGUGCAUUUGUUUGUGCUUCCUAUAAACUUCUGAAUCCCCCCCCCCCCCAAAAAAAGUGUGCUCCUCUCAGUUCUUAUUUAGAAGUCUAAUUUUCAGGGUCCAGAGAGUUAAAUAAAUGUGACUUUUUAGACGAAAUAAGUAAACAUGGGUUAUACAGAACUAAAGUAAGCUGUACUGACAUGACUGAGGGAAUUUACAUUCGUGAUACGAAGUUCCUUCCUUUUUGAGUGCAAAUUGUGUUCCCAUUGUAACAAUAAUUAUGUAAUGUAUUGUAAUAUUUAAUAUAUUGUAAAGUGUAAAUUCGUGUACCAAGAGAAAGUUGUAUCAUAGAAUGUAAAUAAAAGACUACCAGAGUUUGUUUUAAGCACCUCCGACAAGAAUUGUACAGAUGGUAUUUAUUAGAGAAGCACAUGACAAAAUUCAAUAAAAGUAAUGAUUUGUGUGCGAUUUUAUAAGAAG